AUGUGGGCCAAGGUCUUUUUCGUUCUUGCUGGCAUGACCGCCGCUGCGGUGAGUGAAAGGUGGAAGAGAGGGAUCGUGUGAUCGCGAUAGCGCACGCGCGUCUGGCAGUGCCGCGAUGACAUCGAAUCGCAACGGGCUGGAGCGCGGUGCUUGCGCAAACAUGGCUGCCGCUACGCUCCAAAGCUCACAUCCCUUCUCUUCGCGCCCUUCCUCUCGUCUGCUCGAUGCUGACCCUGGAUGGUGGCGCGUAGGCCCAAGUCACCCCAUCGGUUUCUACUGAUCCGCUCAAUGGCAGCUCUUUCGCCACCAAUCCCGUGACGCUGCCGGCCACCUUCACGCCCGUGACCACGUUCGAGUCGGCCGGCUCUCGCACUCCCACUACCAUCAGCGGCAUCGGACCGAGCCCCACCUCAGCGCCAUACACUUUCGUCUACUCUGCACCUGUUAGCAGCUUGACGGGCACAGGCCUCAGCAACCUUUUCUCCAGUCUCGCCGCCAACGGACAGCCCACGCAAUUCACCGCUGCCUUUCAGCCAGAUCCUUCAAACCUCCAGGUGAGUUGUGUCGCGUUGCGUGCUCGGUCGUUCGACAGGGCUCGUGCUCUGCGUGCCAAGCUGGCACGCCAUCGGCACACGCGCUUCAAACAAGCAGGCCACAUCAGCGACUUCUGGGGCGCACGCAUGCCGAUUGGUCACUGGUGUUUUGCAUCGUCUCGAGGCGAUUGGGCGCUUCGACGUGGAUGCCGUGCACUUCCCCUCUACGCCGCCGCAUGCGCGACUGGUCCCACCAAUACCGGUGUCAUACGGUUGCGUUCGUCGAGCCUGAUUGUGGCUUGUGCACGACCGCCCGUCACGUCUCUGAAAGCGGCGAAGCGGACAAGCGCUGCUGACACUCUUCGAAACACUCUGACCCGCAGAUUGUGGGUGGAUCCGGGAACGCUUCGGGCGGACAGGAUGCUGCAUCCUCUCUCAGGCCCAACUCCUACCAAGCACAAGCGAUGGCCCUCGUGGCUGGCGCGAUGCUUGUCGGUGCUGCUUUGGCAUGA